CUGUAUUUUAUAGACAGGAAUUAGUUAUUCAUUCGUUGUAAUUGAUUUCUGUCCAAAGUUUUGAAAUGUUUAGCUUUCAAAAUGAUCUUAGAAAGUUGAAAUAAUUACAAAACUUCGAUUUUCUACGAAAUAAUUACGAUAAUCAGAAUGCUUCCGUGAAUGCUUGCUUGUGUGACAAUGGAUUUCUUUUGCAAUCAGUAUGAUUUUGACUAGAGCUUGACAUUAAACUUUGAUGCUUGUUCUAUUUUGUUGUGAUGGAUCCAGAUCCCGAAGCCAGCCACUCAGAGGACACUCUCUCAGUCACCGAAGUUCCUGACAUUUGUUCCGUGGAAGAAUAUAAUGAUGUUGAGGCUAAGCAGAGAGCUUCUGUUUUGUGGCUGCUUUCUAAAGCUUAUAUGCCUAAAAUCCCACCAGAGCUUUAUGAACCAUGUUACAGAGAUCACGAAGGAAAUGAUCGCCUUAAACCACAGAUAGUCCAUGCUUUGGCCAAUGCUGAACUGUACUGUUUAGCAUUGGCCAACAUCUAUGCUGAUCCUAACUACCACAAUCUUAACCAUCAUGGAAUUAUACAAGUACUUACUAGAAAAGGCAUUGAGAUCAGUGAGCCAAUGGAUGCAAAUCUGACCGAAACUGUUUUAGUACAGACUGCACCCAUUAGAAUAAACUCUCACAUGGCUGUAAUUGAAGGUAUUAUGGCAUUAUUCAUUAAAGAAGUACUCAUUCCAGAAAAGGUUGUGGAAGUUGUCAGUCGGUUCUCUGUGGUAAAUGAUGAGAGUGAACUUCCUUAUGAUAGUGAAGAAGCUGCUCUGCUUUGGAUCAACAAAUCUUGUAUAAAAAUGAGGCAUACAAUUGAAGAGGAUCUUGGUUCUAGCCAUAGUCCUAUUAGUCCAGACUCUAGUCAACAGCACAGAAGCAAUGUUCCAUUUAUUGCUUUGGCUCAAGAUUUGGGUGAUCUUAGUGACGGAUGCUGCUUGUCUGCCUUACUUAGUUUAUAUUGUCCUAAAUAUUUUAAAUGGCAAGAAAUCCUUUUUCAUGAUCCUAUAAGUUUAGCAGAUUCAGUUCACAAUUUGCAGUUAGUUCAAAGAUUUUGCCAAGAGCAUCUGCCGCAAGAUAUUUAUUGCCUUUCUCUGGAAGAUAUGGUUUACAUGCAUCCUUCAAUAGUCCCUAAUGUUUUAGCCUUCAUUGCCGACCUUAUGUAUAUAUUCGAAAUCCGGCCGCCGAAGCAUAUCUGCAGACCUGGUGCUAGAAUGGAGAGAGAAGAUGAAGACAAAUUCGCUGACAUUACCUACUUAAAUGGCCAAAGGCAGUCUCCACUUCAAAAUUGCAGAAUAAGAAAUUUUCAAAAAUCUGUUAGUCCUAUUCCAGAUUUACGAUCAGGAAACUAUGAGAUUAGUAGGAGUGGAAGCUGGCAGAAGCCUCAAAAAUCAUUAUCAGCAAGGAAGAUAAAUGUUCAGGAGGAUCGAAGACAUGAUGGUCCCAGAUCACUAAGACGUACACAUUCUGUUAAUUUCUCAGAAGUUAAUCGACGUGGUGACAUUCAUGCAUCCUCAAAUGAUGUUCAUCACAGAUUACAUGCAGAAGAAGAUGAGGAACUAGCAAGUUAUUUUUCGUCCAGGCAUUCCCAAUCCCAAUCUCAAUGUAAUUUACUUGAUCAAGAAGACAAUCGACGAGUGACGAAGCACUCUGGUGUGAAUGACCCUAGCCAGAGAGCAUUACCACACGCUCAGGGACACUAUCAAGUCUUUCAUUCUGAGAAACCUUUCCAAGACAUUGCAUCUCCAGGACAUUUAGAAUCUCUAAGUGAAAAUAAUGAAUUCACUGGAGAGAAAUGGGCUGAACCCCGUGAACAACCUCCAAAGACAAAUUUACAAAGGUCGCCAUCUUCCUAUGAAAUUCAUCAGUUAUCUCCUAGCAAACAGAAUGUUGUUUCUGGUAGAGGGUACUCCUGUCAAAGAAGCCAAUCAGAUUUGCAUUUGUCGCAGGAUAAAAAAUUAACAAAUAAGCAAAAUAAUGAUUGUGAUAGUAAUCUUUACCAAGUGCAGUCUGUUUCACAUGAACAUUAUUCCCCUCGAACUUUCACUCGAGAACCACGCAGAAAUCGGAACUCUUUUCAUGAGUCUUCGCAUUCUUUUGCUGAUAACUCAGGCACUAGUGCUGCAUCUUCAAGAAGAUACAGUACAGACUGUGGAAAGUGGACUCCUUCUGACAUUGAAAAUCAAAAUAAAUCUCUAUCAGGUAGCCUUACGUGGAAAAAGCCAAAAGAUUUGUUUUCACAGUCUGAAUGGAAUAAAGAGAAUGUUGAUUCAGAAAAUGGGAUAUACCAGGUUUCAGAUGAACAAAAAGGAGAAAAUCAGGGAGGAGUUAUGAGUUUUGCUAAUUUGUCAAAGCAAAAGAAUAAUUCUGGUUCAGCCAUAAAUAUUGUUUACAUGCACCAAGACCACGAAAGUGAUCUAGGAACUUAUAAAAAGCCUACUAGACCUGGUUACUUACAUAUCAAUAAGUCUCAUCCAUCUAUGGAUGGAAAUAGUCCUACAUCUAGCCAUGCUAAUUCUUCAGACUGGAUAAAAUGCAAUGACAAUAAGAACCAGUCUGUUACAGAUUCCUCUGUAGCUGCUCAAAUGCAUGAUAUCCGAUUAAAGUUAGAAGAAAAAAGAAAGAGAAUUGAACAUGAAAAAGCUCUGCUUGAAAAAUUAUCUAAAAAGCAAAGAGAAAAAAUGGGUAAAGCAGCUUUUAUGCAAGCUGUUAAAGGUGGAAGCUCUAGUGCACUAAACAGGGAUGAUUUUUACAGCAAAAAUCGCCAAUUUUCUGUCGAAGAUCUUUCUGAUGAAUUGGAUACAGUUCGAAGAAAGUGGCUGGAAAGGAAAAAUGCUGAAGAUUUUGAAAAUGAAAUACCAUCUGAUGAUAUUCAAAUGUCAAUUGAACAGCUAAAUUCUAGCUUAUCAGACUUACAGUUUGAUAUUUCCCGAUUAACGGAACAGCAAGAGAUGAUACAAAAACUUCUAAAAAACAAUACUCCUCCUCAAAAUGAUAUUCAGUCACAUUUUCCUCAUGACCAAAAUAUUAACUCCCAGAACAAAAUUCCAAGCAAAUGGGCUGAACCAGUAAACUCAUUUCAGAAUAAUUCUCCCAUGUAUUCUCAAAAUGUGAUGCCCGAAAUUGCUCCUCACAUUGGAAGUCGUGGACAUUGGGGUCAACCAGUUAUUCCUUUUGGAGGUUUCCCUCAGCAGCAGCAGCAACAACCUCAACAUCAAAAUAUUCCAAUGUGGCAACAAUCAUCACAUUCUGUUAGAUCCUCCUCUGUAGAUCCACAAAUGAUGUAUGGACAACCUAUGAAUAUGUCAUCUCAAAUGUAUGACAAUGUUCCAUUUAAUCAGGGCUUUUCACUUCAUCCACAGAAUAUGCCAUCUUCCAACUAUAAUAAUUAUUACCCAUCAAGUUCUUACUAUUCAAAUGAGCCUCAAACAAACAAUAUCCAUGCUCAAGGACAAUAUCCUUAUUCUAAUUUUCAACAAACAAACUAUCCAGUUAUGCAAAAUACUUUUACUAGAAGUAUGAGUCAAGGCUUAAAUCGUUCUGACUCGAGAGGCUUUCAUUUGCAUCGCAAUCCUUCUGAACCUUAUCUUGCUGAUGUGCCUGAUAAUUAUCCUCGCACAAUUACCCACAGUCCCUCUGCUAACCAAUUUGAUAUUUAUCCUUCAAAUUCUGCAUCUGACAUAAUGAAUCACAGGAACAAUGCUUUAGAAGUUUCAACUGAUGAAUUUGGGCGUCAUGUUCGUAAUUCAGAAUUACAGCAUUCCCCACCUAAUAGGCCUGUUCUUGGUAAAACUUUUAGGGUAAAUAAAUCUAAAGUAGCUUCACCAACUUCCCCCAAUUAUAAACAAAAUCCUUCUUUUGGUCAGUCUCUACCUGAAGAACAGCCUGAAAUGCAAGAACAAACAGAGUCAAAAACUAAUACUGAGAAUGAAAAUCAGCCAAAAGAUAAAGGAUUUUACAUUUCUUUUGAAGAAGAACCCCGUAAACCCAAGCCAAAAUUAAAGCCAAAGCAUCUCAAAGCUCGUAAUCAACAAAAGAAAAUAGAUAAUGAGUCCCGUAAAGCAGAAUCUUGUAAUGAACAAUCUCACUCUAAUCCAAACACAGAAACCUGUUUCAGGAAACGGUGGGAUAAAAAUAGUUCUGAAGAUAAUACUGGCGAACUGGAAAAUGCUAAACAAGAUGAAUGUGCAUCUGAAACCUCUGAACAGAGCAGUGAAACAUCACAUUCUUGCCCUCCGCCAAAUUCUAGUGUUGGCUUUGUCGUGGGUCCUGGACCUGUUGAAAAUGAUCCUGACAAAGAGCUUGAAAUGACUAGAAGAAAAGAAAUGAUAAUGAUGAUGUCCUUACGUAGAAGAGCGGAGCAGGAAAAGAAAAAGAAUGAACAACAGCAAGAAUAUUUAAAAAAGAGAGAUGAGGAAAGGUUAAAACGAGAACAGCAAGAGAAGAAGAAAGAGGAAGAGAAACUAAGAAGGCAAUUAAUUUUGGAACAAUAUCGUCAACGAAAAGCUCAAGAAGAGGAAGAUGCUACUUCAGGAGGCCAUACGCGGGGCAGAGAAGAAACAACUGCUGCUAGUAGGGGUGCCACAAUGACAAGGUCUAAGUCAAGGUCAGCAUCAGUCACACGACCUAGGCAGAGGAGUGGGCAGUCCAACAGCCGAAGCCAGACCCUAUCAUCUCCCUCUUCUUUGGAUUCUCCUGUUAAUAGGGGUUCGCAGUUUAAUUUAUCUGGUGGUUAUCCAGAUGAAGUAUCAUCAGAACAUGGAUAUGCACCAUCUCCCUGUCGAACCCGCAACUACCCUCACUCCUCACCUAUUUCGCCUACUUCGUAUCCUUCUUCCCCAGGACCCUUGCUCUCUGGCAUACUUGGUGGAAACAGUUUUCGAAAUCGAAGUACUCCAAGUGAUGGACUUUCAGAUAGUAGCUCAACUGUCUCUUCUGCCUGGGCGUCAGAGUAUUCUGGGCCUAAAUUGUUUGUGAAACCUUCAGCCAAAUCAAAUCGAAAUAUUGUUACAAAUGCAGUCAAUACUGUUUUAGCUGGUGCUGUCAAUUCAGAAACGAAGAAGAAAGUAGUGGAGGAAAUAGAACGUUCAGAAGGAAAGCAUUUUCUAAUCCUUUUUCGGGAUGCUGGUUGCCAAUUUCGUGCUCUUUAUUCCUAUAAUCCUGAAACAGAAGAAGUGAUCAAGCUGUAUGGAAUUGGUCCUAGAGUAAUUACUGAGAAAAUGUUCGACAGAUUUUACAAGUAUAACUCUGGUGGAAAGUCAUUUACUCAGAUACACACAAAGCAUUUGACAGCAACAAUUGAUGCCUUCACAAUUCAGAACAGCCUCUGGCAGGGUAAAAAGACAACAGUGGCCCCCAAAAGAGACUACUAUUAACUAGCUACUACACGAAGUGCCAACGUGAUAGUGCGGCCGUCCCUUGCGCUAAUUGAAUGUUCUGUAAAUAAUCACUGUAAAGUUGUUUCACUUCUGUUAACAUUCCACUAGCAACCAAACCAUUGCAGGGCUGUGAUUUAAAACAUUGUAGAGCUAUAUUUAUUAGAGUGAAAAGGUGACUGGGGACUGAUUGAUUGACUUGUAAAAUAUUAGUGUUGCUUUUAUAAAUACUUUGUACAGUGCGCUUUUCCUUGGUUGAUAGUUCACUUAUUUAACUCCACCUAACAGAAGAAAAAUGUUGCUGCUGUUCCUCUGGAUGUAUUAUAAGUACUUUUAAAAUGUUACCAUAACUUCUUCACUGACUUAGAAUGUGAAAAAAAAUUCUAUUUUUUUAUUUAUGCCAAAACAUAGUAGUUAUUGUUAUCUGUUGAAUCAUUGAAAAUGUUUAAUAAUUUGACAUUAAAAUUAAUCAAUUUUUUGAGAAAAAAAAAAUCUGAAAUAAACAUUCCAUAUAUGCAUAAUGUAUCCCUAUGCCGAAAAACCAUAUAUCCACAUUCCAGGACACCAUUUUUAAAAGGACAAGUUUAGGUAUCUCUAGGUGGCCUUAUGCAGAUUCAACUUUACUUGCUUUCAAGAACUUAUAAUUUUCAAGUAGCUUUUCUAUCAUUGGCUAGUAUAAUGAAGUUUUCUUUAAAAUAUGAGUUAGUAGAAAUUCAACAAAAAAAUUGUUUGUCAUAAGAACUUUUCAGUCAUGUUUUCUGUGAUAAAUAUUUUUAAAUUUGCAAA